GCGGCCUCCCCGCGGGGCGCACCUGCAGCGCUCCCGGCCCGCGGAGCCUAGCGCAGCCUUGGCCCCCCUCUCCCGUCCCCUGGUCCCAGGCCCUAGUCUCCCUCCCUCCGUCCUUCCCGCAUCCUCCCCAGCCUCCUUCCCCCCGCCGCUCUCCUCCACUCAUCCCCUCCGCUUCCCCUUCCCAUUUGGGCCCCUGCCCCACCACCUGCCCAUCCCUGCACCCCGCUGCGUUCUCUGGGCUCUCCCGCACAUCCAUGGAAGUUUAGGGCCUGGACAGUGGCCCCCUCCUCCAUCCCCCCCUCCCCCGAGUCUGGCCUAAGAGCGCAGCCCGAGCUGCUGGCUGAGGAAGACGAAGAUGUCUGUACUCAAACUGAUGAUGCGGGUCUCCAAUCGCUCCCUGCUCGCCUUCAUCUUCUUCUUCUCCCUCUCCACUUCUUGUCUCUACUUCAUCUAUGUGGCUCCAGGCAUAGCCAACACGUAUCUCUUUAUGGUACAAGCUCGAGGUAUGAUGUUGAGAGAAAAUGUGAAAACGAUCGGACAUAUGAUCAGGCUGUAUACAAAUAAAAACACCACGCUCAACGGGACAGAUUAUCCUGAAGGCAAUAAUUCGAGUGACUAUCUUGUUCAAACAACAACUUAUCUUCCGGAAAACUUCACAUAUUCACCAUACCUCCCCUGCCCAGAAAAACUGCCUUACAUGCGGGGAUUCUUCGAUGUCAAUGUGAGUGAGGUCAGUUUUGAUGAAGUUCAUCAGCUCUUCUCCAAAGACUUAGAGAUUGAGCCCGGUGGUCACUGGAGGCCCAAAGACUGUAAGCCCAGAUGGAAGGUGGCAGUUCUCAUCCCCUUCCGCAAUCGCCAUGAACAUCUCCCAAUUUUCUUCCUGCAUCUGAUCCCCAUGCUCCAGAAACAGAGGCUGGAGUUUGCCUUUUACGUCAUUGAGCAGACUGGCACACAACCGUUUAAUCGUGCGAUGCUUUUCAAUGUGGGCUUCAAAGAGGCCAUGAAAGACAGCGUCUGGGACUGUGUGAUCUUCCAUGACGUGGACCAUCUGCCUGAGAAUGACCGGAACUAUUACGGCUGUGGAGAGAUGCCCCGUCACUUUGCAGCAAAGCUGGACAAGUACAUGUACAUUCUUCCAUAUAAAGAGUUUUUUGGUGGUGUAAGUGGACUGACCGUGGAGCAAUUCAGGAAGAUCAACGGUUUUCCUAAUGCCUUUUGGGGAUGGGGAGGAGAGGACGAUGACCUUUGGAACAGAGUUCACUAUGCUGGAUAUAAUGUAACGAGGCCAGAAGGAGACUUAGGAAAAUAUAAGUCCAUUCCUCACCACCAUCGAGGGGAGGUCCAGUUUUUAGGACGGUAUAAAUUGCUAAGGUAUUCUAAAGAGCGUCAGUACAUCGAUGGGUUGAAUAAUUUACUAUACACACCGAAAAUACUGGUUGAUAGAUUGUAUACAAAUAUAUCUGUAAACCUCAUGCCGGAGCUAGCGCCCAUUGAAGACUAUUAGGAAUAGCUCCUGUGGCGGGGUAGACAGUACUCUGGACCAUGAACUUGGAGCACACUCUUGAUGGAGGUCAGUGAUUGAUGUGUCUUGGUGCCCUGCUGUGUGAGAAGAGCCAGCAGACCUCAGCGUUUACAGCGUGGGCUACAUGCAGUCGCCCUCCCCUCCCCCUCCUGUACUUUAGGGCAAGCCCCCAUAGCUAGCAGUGAAGAGACCAGAAGCCGUUGCUUAGAAUUCUGAGUUAAGAGAGCUUCCUAUAAAGAGAACAUUUUUAUAUUUAAAUCUAUGAUUUAAUUCAAGAGAAUGCUUUUAUUUCCGUUCAGACAUAUUUUGUACAUAUACGUGAUGUAAAUUAAUGUGUUCAAAUUGUUGGAAAAUAAGGUGUGUCACAGUUUUGCAUGUAAUCGGUUAUGCCUUCGUUAGAUUUUUAUAGACAUUUUUAUUUGCAUGAAAGAAAACCACUGUAAAUUUAUAUCACUAAACAAAGGAUGGCCCUUGCGUGAAUGAAGGAGCUGUCAGUAACUCAAGUAAACUGUUAUACUAGUUUUCAGCUUUAAACCUUCAGCCUCAUGUGGAAGAAGUCACAGCUUUCUGAGGCCUCUAAAGGGAAAGAAGAAAGGACUUAACACAGCUUUUCUUCCUAUUAGGAGUACCUUUUUUUUUCCUUGCUUGCAAUCUCAUGGAUUUUGCUAACUCACAACCAUAUUGUUUAUGCAUAUUGCAUGAGUCUUACCAAGAAAAUCUUAAGAGUUGUGAUGUGACAUGAUAUAAAAGACCUCUUUAUGUUAAAUGUCUUUUAUGUACCUCUGGUGUGUCAGGGAUCUUGUGCCUCAAAAAAAAAAAAAUGUUCCCAAGGUUAUGUUUAUACACUGUAUUUUUUUUUAAUUUCUAGUGACCAGCACUUUUAUUUUCAGAAGAGCAAAAAAAAUUGUAACUUCUUUUUAAAGUUUUUGGUUUUUUUAAUGAAUGAACUAUGGAAAACCCAGUAGUACUUAUACUAUUAGAUAAAUGUUAUAUUUUUAUGAAGAUCAAUGCUUCGUAGAGUAAAAACAAAUUUAAAGUUUAAUUCUCAGACUUACUCAGUUUCACUUUUGAAAGGAACCCUUUUAAUGUCAGCCAAUUAUCCAGACUUUUUUUGUUCACUUUAAAGAAAUCUCUGUGGUAUUAAAACUUUCUCACUUAAGGUAUAAUUUAAUAGAAGUACAUUUGGUGGUGUUGGGAAUUGAACCCACGACCUCUAGAAUUACCAUAAAAUAAUUAUUAAGUUACUUGAAUACACUGAUAUUAAGAUACUUUUGAAAGCAGGUCUUACUACCCAAUGCCAAGUGUAUGUAUCUUAAAUAUGGAUGAAGGUUUGCAUGGCAAAAACAAACAGUAUUCUUACCUUGAAAGUGAUUAAUUUUAAAAAUUCUUUAAAAUAUAAUGCUUUCAGAAAUUUAAAACAAAAUAUUAUAUAUCUAUAAAGUGAAUAUUCAACAACAAUGGAGAGUGAUAGAAUUCUAUAGGUGAGAAAUGUUUUGGUAAUAUUUGAUUGUGAAUUGGUUACCUAACACAAAAAUACAGUUGCAUAUCACAAGUUGUAAGUUUAACUUUCACUUGUCAUUUUCUGUGUCAAUUUAAGUAAUAUUUAUGAUCAAAAGCCAUCACCAUAAAAUAAUUAGAAUUCUCACAUUUUUAGAAAAUGGGUAUCUUCUCUGUUAUAACAUUAAACAAAACAUUCCAUGUUUAUUUCUUAGGACCAUUUCCAAAAUAUUUUAUCUGUAAAUUUCUGUGUUACUCAAAAUAGUGAAAAAUCAGCUUCUGAAAAUUACAAUAUUUGUACUUCGUUUGUUUAUGUUUAUUUUUACUCUUCCACAGUGAGCGUGGUUUUAAAUGUGAAGAGAUGAAAACGGAAUGGUAGUGUCAGAGGCUCCUGACCACUAAAUAGCCUAUUACACGAUGGCAGGGCAUAGGACGUAAUCACUCCAACCAUACUGAGAUAUCUUUGUGGGGGGAGAACUAGUGCUAUUUCUGGGUUUUAUUUGGGAGACACAUUUUUCUUAUUAUAAUGUGGAGCUUUCCAUAUGGACUCAUCUUUUCCUGUUGAGAUAUAUUUUACAAUUUCAGGAGAAUUCAGUACUCUAAGUAUCUGCCUUUGUUUUCAGAGGGGAUAUAAAUAUUUUGCUAUUUUUCAGUUUUGAUCAUGGUGUGUCAUCCUGUGAAAAGCCACCCUUACCUCUCUACUUUUUGUUUUGCUUUUUAAGUUCCAGCCUAAAAUUAUUUUGGGCUGUGAACAGUAACCUUUAUAUGUAUCCAUAGAGUGACAGUUUUGCCCUGUUACCUCCAUUAUAUGACAAUAAAUUGGUUCCCUGCCUGUGAACUAAAGUACUACAAGGGUAGAUGGUCUGCUUUAUGGUACUUUGGACCUGCUGAUGAGCACGUAUUGACUGCCCACUAUGCAUCAAGUGUAAUGCUUGCAGUGUCUAUCUAGAAUUAUGACUUUUCUUCUAAACAAAUCAAGUCAAGCAAAUUGAAACUUUUUCUGAAAUGAUAAAGAUAUCCUCUGGUGACCUAUCUGUCAUAUUUCUUGGCCUCAAAGUCAAGCAACCUGUGUGGAUGCAUAUAAAUUGGGAGGUCCCUCUGGCACUGGGAAAAUUACAUAGUGCCUUCCAACUAGAGAAAGAUGUUGCUAUUAACCAGCCAGUUUGGAAAGAAAGGGGGGAAGUGCAUACACUUGUUGUAAAAUUAUGUCUAAUUCGUAGUAAAGAUGUUACUUAAUUCUUUGCCAAAAUUAGGGUUGUAAUGAAGUAGCUUUUUUUAAAUCCAAAUUCAUGUUUGUAUUUUGUGAAAAAUUGUACACUAAGAAAAUCUUAUUUAUAAUUUUUAAAUACAAAAUGAUGUACUAAGCAUAUACACCUAUCCUGGCCGAGAUGUUUGAAAGCAAAUGGAAAAGUAGCCCGUGCAUCACUGUUCUUUUGGAGACUUCCUAUACAAAAGCAAGUUUUUAGAUUCAGCCUUUCUUGCCUGCACUUUAGUUCUUUAUGUAAUUUUCAGAUAAGUGACACUCUGGACUUAAUUGCCUUGGAUUUCCAAAUUGCCAACUGAGAGAACCAAAAUGGCCAUAGUUUUUCAGAAAGAGAAAGUGUACUUAAGAUUAUUUUAUCUACUAAGAUAUCAAAGGCUUCUACAUAAAUGCACUAAAUACAUGCUAGUAAUUUCUUGUACUCUCUUCCUGCUUCUCAUGGAAAUGUUUGUACUUUUUUUUAAUCAUUGUCUUUUAUGAAAUAUAAUGUUCCAAAGA